AAAAAAAAAAAAAAAAUAAAGUACACAUACAGUAUAUAUGUCAUUAUUCCAAAUCAUAUGAAAGUACAUGCCCUAAGCAGUUAGGUUGUAAUCAAAAUUGUGUUUUACUUUUAUUUUGGCAUUUUAAAGGAAAAUUGAUUUUGGUUGGGUGCCACAUAAAAGUAAAAAUAUAUUCAAUUUUUAUUUUUUGAUCUCAAACCAAUUCAAGACAUAAUCGGAUAAAUUUUUCUCAAAUCCAACCAAUUUGUAAAGAUGUGCUCAAAGAACCCUAUUCAAUGAAAAAAAAAUCAAAUUUUUCCAAGAGAGUAAUAAUCAACUUUAUAUAAAGGGAUUGAAAUGUUGUGUUCCAAAUAGAGAGUCGUAGGUUUAAAGUAAACUUUCCUUCAACAAUAUUUUUUCUUCUCUUUUUGCAGUAUUUAAACUGCUUGAGAUGAAUGGGUAGGAUCGUUUCCUACAUUAAGGAGCACUGAAAAACAGCCAAAACUAAAGCCAGGUAAUAAUAACAGUGCACCUAGAGACAGAUAAUUUUGAAAUACGCUUGGCAGUUGGCGCUAUACAAAUGUCUAUUAUUAUUAUAAUCAUCAUCAACCAAUGAAUAAAUUAUCUAAGAAAUAUGAAGUUAUUUUACCUGCAUUGCUGGUCAACCAAAGUCAAUUUCAAUAGAAACCUAUUAAUCAAGUCCAGUUCCAUUAUAUUUCCAUUACCAUAACGACGCAUGUAAAUGCACAGUAACGCUUCAUCUAUCAUGAGAACGAUAAUUUGUUUAUGUAGUGGAACCUUUAAAAUAUUAAUACUACAACGAGGAUGAUAAAUCGCAUAUCAAACGCCAGUUCUGCCAUUCCUCAGCAUCCUAUACAGGUGUACACUGUUCACUGGGAAAUCUUCUCCAACAUCUUCAUCACAUAUAUGACAUGACUGACACAUGAUUAUCAAGGUUGGUCCAUAACGGAAGAAAAGACAAUGAAGAACAAUGACCGAUCCGCCAUCUAAAUUGAAGAUCCAUGACUAAACCAAGAACGGCCAAAGACGUGCCACUGACGGUACAACUCAAAGAGUGAUUUUUGUUAUUCUACGCCAGUUUCCCAGCAAAAUAAAUCAGGAAAUAAUUAUCUGUUUGUAACAGUAAUAGGUUGCAAGAAAAAAAUCCUUAAAAUGGCCGGCCUCACCAUACUGGUGUUUCUCUCUGUUGUAUUCAUCAGCUUAUCUGACUGUCAAGAAGGUUCUGGGGAUGGCUCAGGAACAGAAUCCAUCUUCACUGAUGUCACUGGGAAUGCCACUGAUGUGCUGACUGAUGGCCAUUCAGAUCCUUCAGAUAUUCAAGCAUUUGGUCUUGUUAUCACCAAUGACUUCACUGAAUUCACACUGAAUGUUGACAACAUCAUCACCUACAAUGUUACCAUCAAGAACGCUGGAGGAACUGACAUAACUGCAUCUGGCUCCGACCUCUACGACCUCCUCCUCAAGGUGAGUGACAAUUCCAAUCCAUUAGCAAGAGGGGCAACAACCCAGGACAUAACCCCUCUGCUGACAUCAGCCACCAACAUCAACGUUGGGAUUGCAGCUGGAGAAACUAUUGUCAUCGAGAAUGUCCACACCAUGAUCAAUGUUUCUUCCGAUAUGUGCUCAACGUAUCAAGGAGGCUAUGUCUGUGUCGAGAUUUCAAAGGCUUUGGGAGCUUCUUACACCGAUGUCAGUGCAACCAAUAACUGCUAUUGUCUCACAUUUGGUGAUGUAAGGCAGGGAUACACAGGAAUGCUAAGAUGUUCAGCAUUCGUUGGAAGGAUCAGCCUUAUCGCUCUUGUCAUCUCAAUGUUGCUGGCAUACUUUGCCUAUUUGUAGAUAAUACUGGACUUGCAGAGAUAAACUUAUGAGCAAUAUUUGAGCAGAAAUUAGGAUAGCUUUAAUUAUUUCCAUUUGCCAAGUGACGUCCUUUAGUUGAAUUUGAAACUUCCUUGUGUGGUAAAAAUAUGGCAGCUAUUUUGAUGUUAGUCUGUUCCUCAAGAUGUCCAUCCAUCCACCAUCAUGAGAGGCAAAAUAAGUAAAGUUCUUCAUACUACCAAUCCAGGUUUGCUAGAGGACUGAAUUUCAGUCGGCACAGUUCGCAUACAAAAUCAAUGCAUUUCCCUUACCUAAACUACAUGUACAUGUAGUUGAACCCUCUAUGAAUCACUACAGGACAGCAUGCAAGAUAUGUUAGGGAUCAAAAGCAACUGUUCCAUGGUGUGCUCAUUUCAGAAAUACUCUGAAAUUCUCCAGAAAUUAGGAAUGGUCAAUGGAAAAUCAAAUAAUCUCGCAUAGUUAGCUAUUAUUCUUUUUUUUUUCAAAAUUCAAAGAGGUUAAGUUGGCAAUUAUGUCAUCACUUUCUGGUAAAUUUCAUUUAGCUACUGAAAACUGGAUAUGUUUGAACACAUGUACUAGAGAAUUUGUGUUGAAUGAUUAUGUUGUUCUAUUCUUAGUAAAUACUUAAAGACAAGUCCACCCCAACAAAAACUUGAUUUGAAUAAAAAGAGAAAAAUUCAACAAGCAUAA